UUUAAUAUUUUAAAUAUCUGGUAUAUAUAUAUAGUAGGUGUGUGUGUAUGUGUGUGUGUGUAUGAUUAUAUUCGCAGUGGCUUGGGCUUCAAUCUGUGAAGAGGUAUUUGUGGAUGUGUUACUUGCCGACGAAGGCUUUCAGCGAGCAGAAGAAGAGCUAUUAAGGCGGUUGUAAUUCCUGCGUGUUUGAAAGCUAAUUGGUAUAAGGGAGGGAGUGUGUGAGUCCACCGUCAGUUAGUUUGUUUGUUUGUGACGUGGAGACGGGCUAUUGCGGAACGUGAAGGGGGAUGCGGAUGCGCAGGUGUGACAUUUUAAGCAUUCUUCAACGGGCUAAGAGUUGAACUUUGUACCUGUAGGAGAUAGCGAAUUGGUAGCACUUGCAGCGGUUUUGAUAUGACUCGAAGAUGUGGAAAUUGUGAGGCUCGAAAAUCCUCAAGUCUAAUUCCAAUGAGCAUGAGAAGCAAUCUAGAACUCGGAUCAUAGUUAAGCAAUAUUUCGGAGCUGACUUUGCAGUACCCCGCGUCCAGUUGAAACUAUGACUGCGGUCCUUCAUUCCCAAAGAAGCACUCGACAUUUUUCGAGCGACAGUGACGAGUACAACUCCACUUUACAGUAUUUAUCGGACUCAGAUACGGAGGGAUGCAGUGGCAACCACGCUUCUCCUCUCGUUUGCAAUAACGAUGGUAGCCUAAAGAUAGACUCAAAACUCUCAAGUAGCACAUCUUCUCAUAAGCACAGGAGCUCGAGAGUGCAUGAAGCAGGAGCGCAGUUGUCCAUGGUAGCGUUAGUGUUAGCCACAGUUCGAAAAUCGCUUCUUACCUGCCAGACUCCGGAAGGAGUGGAAAUAAUGGAAGGAGAGAAGGUGAAAGCCACAGACAAGGCUAACGAGAAAGAGAAAGGAAAAGGGAAGGAAACCAAGAUGAGCUUGGAUAUUGGAUGGCCGACGAAUGUUGAGCAUGUUGCGCACGUCACUUUUGAUCGCUACAACGGGUUUCUCGGCUUGCCCGAGGAAUAUGAGCAUGAAGUACCCAGACCAACUCCCAGUGCAAGCAAGAACGUGUUUGGAGUCUCGGUGGAGUCCAUGCAGUGUUCAUUUGAUUCUCAUGGCAAUAUGGUUCCAACCAUUCUUUUGCUUUUGCAGAAACAGCUCUACGACCAACGAGGGCUAAAGGCUGAGGGUAUUUUCAGGAUAAAUCCUGAACUCAGUCACGAGGAGCAUGUGCGGGAGGAACUCAACAAGGGGAUUGUACCUGCCGACAUUGAUAUUCAUGCCUUAGCUGGGUUGAUCAAGGCAUGGUUUAGAGAGCUUCCAAGAGGCGUUCUAGAUUCGUUGAGUUCAGAGCAGGUCCUUGCUUGUCACGGUGAGAAGGACAGCUUGGCUCUUAUCAAGCAAUUGCCGCAAACAGAAACUGCUCUACUGAACUGGGCCAUCAACCUCAUGGCGGAUGUGGUGGAGCUGGAGUCUUACAACAAGAUGAAUGCUCGCAACAUUGCUAUGGUUUUUGCUCCGAACAUGACACAGAUGGUUGAUCCGCUAACGGCUCUGAUGCAUGCCGUUCAAGUGAUGAACUUGUUGAAAACUUUGAUUCUACGCACAUUGAAGGACCGGAAGGCUACUUUGCUGGAAUCCCAAUCACCUCCCUUGUCACCAAAAGUUCCCGAGUUAGAAGAGCCUGAACCUGACCCCCAAGGUGCGCUGUGGGUUAAUGAUUCCAACGAUGAUGUCUAUGGGGGCAGCGUAUUCAACCGCCAUGAUAGGCAGUGGUCCCAAACCUCUCAAAAUUCGUGCGCGGGGCUCCUCCGAGGUCAUGACCGGACUAGCUCUCAAAGCUCACAAAGUGGCCUGUGGAUGGAUCAUGAACGAGGCAGCUCACGAUAUUCUCUGCCGUUCCUGAGUUCUCACAAUCGUCAACCAAGUUCUAUUUUUGGGGGCCCUCUUAAAUCGAACCCUUUCCUUAUGAGCCCCAGUCAUCUCAAUCGUGAGCCGGCUAGCCCACAGAACACGUUACUUAAUUCCUUUGAGCACACGAGUCAGGACUCGGAAGGAAACUUUAGCCCCUUCAUGCUCUUUCCCCCAACACACAGCACGAAAGGCAAGGGUGCUAGUGGUCGUAUGACUCCUUCCAUUGACCAACGACCUGAACGUGUGGAAGCCUGGUGAUAAGCUGCACAAUUCCCACCUUUGUCAUUCUUGAUUUAGAUUUUUGGCAUUCCUUUUUUGGGGUGUAAAAAGCACCAUGACGAAGAAGGUGUACGUGGUUGUGUGCGUGCCCAAGUACUGACAGCAAAGUGUGAACCCUCAACAUUCAGAUCCCCUCUGAAAGCCUUGCUUGGUUUGACUGAAGUCCUUCGAAACGAAGUUGGUAUGUGCCCCAUGGCUGGACGUCAUCUCAUUGGGAAGCGUAGGUGGAAGGAAAAGUUUGCUUUUUCGUGCUGAAAUCAACAUUGCAUUGCUGAAGGUGGCAACCAAGGCCACUGGAGUGGCCUGAUUGAAGCAGAGAUGGGGCUCCUGGAGAUAAGGAGGUCGAGGGGCAGGACACUUGUAAAAUAGUUCAGGAAUGUUUAGUUCUGAUACGUGUUGAGUAACAGCGUUCAACACGGGACUGACUUUGCCCAAGUAGCAAAAAACUAACCCAUUCUUUGAUUGAAGCCCAUGUGCUGUGGGAGGCUUCAUCACAAACAAAUCGCGUAGGGAUGUGAAUAUACCAGGUUAAUUUAGUUUCAGGUUUCUGUCUUUUGUUUUGUCUCUUGAUAACAAAACGUCUGUCACUCAAACUGGCAGAUGGUUCUCGUAUCUAGCACUUGUCUUGAACAAGUGACUUUCUUUGUGUACAUUGUACAUUUGAUGUAUCUUCCAAUAUUGAUAACAAGGAGCCGCAACCAGCGUUCUCUAGUUUGUCUUUGAUC